AUGGUGGAACCUACCAAGUGUUGGCACCGGCUACCACUGGAAAACAGCCUGAGAUUGAUUCAGCCCAGACUUGCGACGUGCUCAACGCAUCCACCCUUAACCCCAGCUCCUUUAAUUCCCCUAGCCUUUCGAUGGCAUCAGAACAAUCGGCCCCAAGCUGGACGUCAAUUGUCCACGGAAGCACCGGAAAAGGGACUAACACCUCAUCGAAGGCAGAGACAGGCGACCCAAUUGAAGCAGCAGCCCAGUAGAAUGCAAUCCUUAGCAAGGAGCAUAAUGGUUUUAUACGAUAUUCCGAAGGAAACGCGCCCUCUGAGAAAUGGAGAGGUGCGCGAAUUAAAAGACAAGAUUGCUGCGUAUCUUGCUAAUUUUUGUCCUUGAUAAAUUUUAAUUAGUAUAGAUUUUUUUAGGACUUUAAUGUAUAUUAUAUAUAUGUACGUACAUAAUAUUAUAUUAUAUAUACCGAGAAUUUAUUAUUAUAAAGAG